CAGUUGACGUGUUCGGUUGACAAAGCGGAAACGUGCACUAGUUCAUUUGGCCAAGUAAAAAAUCUAACAACUGACACACACAGAGCGCCUGAGUGAGCAGGACAGCAAGCAGUGGGCCAGCGAGCGAGAGGGAAGAUAGCCAGACAACAACAAAAGAGCACGGCAGUGAUGUUAGAUAAAUGAUAACAGAAAAAUGUGCAAAAUAAUUGCGACAACUACUGGCGAAUAGCAAUUGUUAAAUAGCAAAUAGAGCAAGACAAACAGCAGCAGCAGCAGCAACAAAAACAACGAGCGCCUGUGUGUCCGUGUGUGUGUGUGCGUGUGUGUGUGAGAGAGCGAGAGCGCGCGAGUGUGUGUGUGAGUGUUUUGUAUCUGUGCCAGUGUGUGAGUGCGUGUCACAUAUCAGCGGAGGCAGCGGAAAAAUCAGAGGCAGCAGCAGCAGCAGCAGCAGCAGAAGUUCAGUGGAAAAGCGCGCAGCCAAGCGGGAAAAUUCGUAAACGAAGUCGGCAGCGGAGGAAGCAGCGCAGCAGCAGCGACGCCAGCAGAAGGAAUCGCCACGCCCACCCAUCACCAGAGGAGGAGGCUGCCACGCCCCCCAUCCAGGAAGCAGGACGCACGGUACACAACAUGGGCAGCGGACACUAUUUCUGGGCGAUCUUAUACUUUGCCAGCCUGUGCAGUGCUUCACUAGCAAAUAAUGCCAAAAUAAAUUUCCGAGAAAAGGAGAAAAAAGUCUUAGAUCAAAUUUUAGGUGCAGGCAAAUACGACGCCCGAAUACGACCAUCUGGAAUAAAUGGCACAGAUGGUCCAGCUGUGGUGCGCGUCAACAUAUUCGUUAGGAGUAUAUCGAAAAUCGAUGAUGUAACCAUGGAGUACAGUGUGCAGUUAACCUUCCGUGAACAGUGGACGGAUGAACGCCUCAAGUUCGACGAUAUCCAGGGUCGCCUGAAAUAUCUCACCCUGACGGAGGCGAACCGCGUGUGGAUGCCCGAUCUUUUCUUCUCCAACGAGAAGGAGGGACACUUCCACAACAUCAUUAUGCCCAAUGUGUAUAUUCGAAUCUUCCCCAACGGCUCAGUGCUAUAUAGUAUACGUAUCUCGCUGACAUUGGCCUGUCCAAUGAACUUGAAGCUGUACCCGCUGGAUAGGCAGAUCUGCUCACUAAGGAUGGCCAGCUAUGGCUGGACCACCAAUGACCUGGUCUUCCUGUGGAAGGAGGGUGAUCCCGUGCAGGUGGUAAAGAACUUACACCUACCUCGCUUCACACUGGAGAAGUUUCUGACUGAUUACUGCAAUAGUAAAACCAACACCGGUGAAUACAGUUGCCUCAAAGUCGAUCUACUAUUCAAGCGAGAAUUCUCAUAUUACUUAAUACAAAUUUAUAUACCAUGCUGUAUGUUGGUCAUUGUAUCAUGGGUAUCAUUCUGGCUGGAUCAAGGAGCAGUGCCGGCGCGUGUGUCACUGGGUGUGACCACCCUGCUGACCAUGGCCACCCAGACGUCGGGCAUAAACGCCUCCCUGCCGCCCGUUUCCUAUACGAAGGCCAUCGAUGUGUGGACAGGCGUGUGUCUGACGUUCGUGUUCGGGGCCCUGCUCGAGUUCGCCCUGGUGAACUAUGCAUCCCGUUCAGGUUCGAAUAAAGCUAACAUGCAUAAGGAGAAUAUGAAAAAGAAGCGCCGCGAUCUGGAGCAGGCCAGUUUAGAUGCCGCUUCAGAUCUGCUCGAUACAGAUAGCAAUGCAACGUUCGCAAUGGCGUCGCAAUUUGCGCGCGGUGGUGGCCAACAGAAACCGCUAGUACGCCAUCCGGGCGAUCCGUUGGCCCUGGAGAAGCGGCUCCAGUGCGAGGUGCAUAUGCAGGCCCCGAAGCGACCCAACUGCUGCAAGACCUGGCUGUCCAAGUUCCCGACAAGAUCCAAGAGAAUCGAUGUUAUAUCGCGGAUCACCUUCCCGCUGGUCUUCGCCCUGUUCAACCUGGUCUACUGGAGCACAUAUCUCUUCAGGGAGGAGGAGGAUGAGUAAAUGCCGUUACCUAUUACCAAACACCAAUUACUUUAUAGAAGAGUUGGCGCUGUUGGCCAACACGAAUGUACUAACCUAUUUUUUUCAUUCUUUUCCAUUUCGGUUGUCUUCAUUUCAUGCUUUGUGUUGCUUAUGGCUUUGUUGGCUUCAUUUCCGAUUAUGGUUGAUUUCUUGAUUGACACCUUGAUUGAAUGGUUUUGAACUAAACCACUAAAGGACCUUCUAAGGCGCGUCUCUGAAAUCCAGUGGCUAUGUAGAAUCUAAUAUGAAAUUAACUAAUUAUACCGUUAACGAGAUCGAGGGAUACGUUACGAUAAUGCUAUAUGCUAUAUGCAAUAUGCAGUAUGCUAAAUGCUAUUUGUAUGGUUAUGUCUCGGAAAUGUGCAGACUAGUUAAGAUCGGUAUCCGGCAAGGCUUCAAGGCACUUCCACUAAAACGAAUAAUGUUCGAUGAAUGACAAAAUUAUAGUUAAUUGUAAGUUAAAUUGAUCAAGAGUGACUGCAUAGUAGAUAAUGUUAUGAAUAAUUAUACGAGACACACACAAACACACACACCACCACACUUGUUUGACUUGAUUUGUUUUUUGAGGAUGCUCCAAAUUGUUACAAAUUGAUUAACUAUUUUAGCUGGUAAUCGACGAUAAUCGAGUUUUGUUCCGGACUCUAGCUUAGUUCUAAAAAAGAAAUUGCAAUUGAUUUGUACUUAAAUGCGUUAAGUUAGUUAAGCCGCAGACAGCGAGUGAAGGUCGUAGACAAUUCGACGUUUGUAAAUAUGUCAUACAAUAAGUUUUAAGCGAAUUAGUUUAAACGAAUUCUAAUUGUAAAAAGCGUGUAGAUAAAUUUAAGUUUAGUCGAUAAACGAACAACUAACCGAAGCGAGAAAACCUAGGUAAAUUCAAUUUAAUUAUGUUCACCAUCGAAGUAAAUAAAAAUCGAAUCGAAUCGAAAAUAUCGAAGAAUCCUUCAAAGCACACAGAAACAAAAACAGAAUUUUCUUUUCGCAUUAUUUGCCCAAACUACUCUUUAAUGAUAAGUUCAACUGAAACUGGUGGGUAUCUGCAAGUUACUUUUCCCUAAUCUUUAUUAGAGACUUUAUCCAUUGUUUGUAUACGGCUUGCUUUUGAUUUUAGAGUUGACUUUUUAUAGUAGUUAAAUUGUUCUUAUACUCACGGGGAUAGAAGCCCCCAAAUUCUGAUUCCUGUUUGAUUUGACUCCGUAGAGUAUUAUGAUAAAUUUACAAUUACCUAAUUAUGUAUUGGGUCGCAGAGACCACUUAGCUAGUUAAUUUCCUUAAUUAGACUUACAAAUUUAAAAUAUACAACAUGCAAAACCAUAAACCAAUUAACAGACAAUACAAAAUAUUUUAACGUGUAGUAAAAGACCCUUAAAAACUUAAUGAAUACUUCACAUAAAUUUAUUGAAAUCAGUAUUAUAAGCCAUAAAUAAGAUCAAGAUAUAUACGGUUCUUUUUAUAUCCAAAAUAUCUUUGGUUAUUUAAGUGCCUUUUGUAUGCCAAGGAGACUUCUCCCCACUUUCUACCCUUCUCUAACUCUCUUCCUCUCUUUUAAAUAACUAUUAUCCUUCCACACUAUGAAAAUCUUCCCCAAAACCAAUUAGAGAAAUGCACUUACCGACACCAUUAACUAUGCAGCUCUAUUUUAGAAUUAUAACUAAAGUGAAUUCUACAUAGCAACAACAGAAACAGAACCAAAACCACAAUAACAACUUAAAUCCUUCAGAUAAAAUCAAAUAAAAUAUUUAAGUAGCUUUAAUAUUUUUAUUAACUUGAGCCUGUUUUAUUCUCAUGUUUGUUUAAACUUUUUCUUUCUUUUCGGAAAUGCUUUUGCUAUCAUUUUUGCUAUCAUUUAUAACCUAAAGGUAAGAAAUUAAACGUAAAUGGAAAUCAAAAAUCAAUUGAAACUUAUUCUAAUAUAUAGACACUACACAAGCACCCUGCAUAAUAAUUGUUGUCAUUAAACAAGCGUCACAAGUACGAUCAGAACAUAAAGAAAACAGAAAAAUGAAAACCGAAAUCCGAAAAUGGAAAAUAUUUAUAGAUACUUUCAUGUUGUAAAAGUUGUGCCAAGCAAAGAGAAACCAAAAACUAGUCAAAGAAUAUCGAAAGAGAUCGCGAAUUAUAACUAUAACUCUAGCUAUAGUUGUAUUGUAUAUGAAGCUAUUGAACAUACAGGGUUUUUAAAUGUGAGCAUAUAGAUGAUGAACCAGAUGAAGAUCGAGAUAUUUGAAAGAUAGUAGUCGGCAGCCGGUUAUGGGCUGAUUGAUUGAAACGCGUUGUUUGAUGUACUAGAAGAAAAAUAAUCACGAAGAUGAUGGAAAAACAAUUAAAUUAGGUCAUACACAUUGGGCGGGCGAGGCAACACUGUUUUCGGCAUUUAUUUUUAGUGGAAAACCAUACUUAGGUUGUGUGCUGCUCCUCAUUUGCCGUUCUCCAAUUCGGUCAAUUAUCAUUUUCCCGGCAAAUCGACUAGCAGCGGCAGUCCAGUUCAGUGUAAAUAGUUUGGGUCAGAACAUGUAAAUGUCAUUUAAUGGUUAGGUUAAACGAGAAACACAACUACGGGAAAUCGUAACACGAAAUGUGCACAACUUUAUAUAAAUAUAGAUGCGUUCCAAAAAGACUUACAGGUUUUGAUUAACAAAGAGAAGCAUAGAGAUUAAAUCAUUUACCAAUGCGAUGUAAACACGAGAUGAACUAUGCGAACGAGUAGAUCCUAAGUUAACGUAUGUGUAGAUCCUAAGAGGCAGUUCGAAACCAGACUAGUUAAAAAAAAUUCACAUAACUAAGCUACUAAGCGCCACGGCAAGUUGCAUUCACCUCCCACUAUCUGAACUCACUUGAUCCACUCACUCACUAACUGAAUCACCACUUACACCACUCACUCGAUGUUUAAUCUUUGCUAACGACACGAAAGGAAUCAAAACGACACCCAAAUCGAAAUCGAAAACGAAAACGAAUCUAAUCUUUGCACAGUUUGUGGGGGCAAACAAGUUUGAGUAAUGCAAGUUAAAAUUUAGAUAAAUCAUAACACAUAUCUUCCAAAAAGGGGGCGGCUCAUGGCCCAUUUAUAACAAUCAAGCAACUCAAACUAUAAUUUCUAGAGAAGAAGUGUAAAUACAAACGACAAAACAACCAAAUCAUUCGAAUCGAAGUUGCAAAAUCGAUGGCGAUCGAAGAGCGAAUCAAUAAACACUGCAAAUCACCUUACUUUAUAGAGCUAAGUCAGGGCAUGCACACUCACACCCAAAAAAAAGAAAAGCCCCGAGAUCGCCAGACACCCAAAUCCCCAGACAGGAGAGGAUUUAGCAAAGAUCACACUCACCCGCUUAGACUUAAGACCAAAUCAAACCGAAUAGGACAGAACAUCGCAUGAAUUUCACUGCAUUGCAAUCCAAUCCUGGAACAUAACCCAAGCCCAGUAAGAAACAACGCCAAAAACCACAAACAAAAUAAAUUCUAAACGUACAUAUAGACCCGGCAAUAACACAUCAAAGCCGUUGGUGAGAAAUUUAAACAGCAAAUCAAAUGCCCAAGUGAAAGAUUAGUAGCAUAAUUUUACAAAAUAGUUGAAAUAAUUGUUGUCACCCGAAAGGAAAGAAAUCCUAAAACGGAAACCAGGAAAAAACGAAAUAAUUGUGUAAAACCCCCAGAAUAAAGAUGUUUGUGAAAUGUUUAUAAAUAAAUGAUGCAAAACGAAAUGAAAGAAUACACAAAA